CUGUUAGUAACUAAUAUGGCGGAAUAGAUAGAUGUUGACUUUUCAAGUUCCGGAUUUCUUUCAUUCAAAAUAUUUCAAGAUAAUAGAGUUUAAGAAGAAGCAAGUCAGAUAUUAUUCAUUUAUAUUAUUAUCGGCACGCGUUGCAAUUAUCACUAAGGUCACGUGUUGUGUACUUAAUUGAACCAAGUAUUAUUAACAAUAAGUGCGUAUAUACAUUAUCCAUUAAAGCAGUCUACUUGGCAAACAACUGUAAUUUCAAUUUUUAACGCGAAUGUAUUAUAAAGCGUUAGUUAUGGGAUCAAGAAAUACAUGAUUUUUAGAAAUUAUUUCGAUUUUAAAUAAAGAUAAUACGACUUACGUAAUGAGAGUGUUAAUAUCAAUGUUAUAUGUUCCAUCGAAAGGUUAAGAGUGGUUUAGUUAAUUUUUCAGAAACAUGUGUGAUUCAACAAAGAAAAUGAAAGAUUCGAGUGUUAAGAACAAUGUGCAAAAUGAUUCAACGGAUAAGUUGUGUCCGAAACAAAGUACGGAUAAAAAGGAGUCUAUGGUGAAAAGUACGAAUGAGGAUGUUCAACGCGCAAUUGAUGGUUUAAAGGAUAUACCUGAUGAAGAACUUCAAGAAUUUCUAGAUGAUGAAGAUUUCAUGCAGGGAUUGGAUGUUGUUGACGCAUGGGAAGGUGAUGAAGAAAAAGGCCGUGAAAUUGAACUUAAAGCUACUCGUGCCAAGGACCAAGAACAAAGACGUCCAUCUAGGGACAGACACCGGCGUGAUUACAAAGGAUCUUACAAUCGUGAAAGACCAAAGAGAGAAGAUAAGAAACAUGAAGAGAUACGUCGUGAUCCAUCUAAAAGCACAAAAGAUAUUGAAAGGGAUAAAAUACGUACGAAAAGGGAUAAUGAAAGUAAACUUUUGGCAGAAAAAGAGAAAGCUAUUAAACACUUAUUGGAUUCUGAUAAUGUCGUACCUCCAGGUACAGAAGCUGAAGCCAUUCAAAGCAUUACAGAAAAACAAAAUUUAGAGCAAGCACAGAUGCAUAUCCGUAGAAGUCGAGAACGACGUAGAAGCGUAGAACGUCAAAGAGGAAAUUCAUCGCGACAUAGAACUCCGGAUAGAUUAAGAUUAAAUUCUCCUCGACGAAAGUCUCCAUUAAUGUUAAGUCCAGAACGGUGCAGAAGUCCUUUUAAAAUAAGCAGUGAAAGACAUCGGAGUCCACUGAGGUUUAGUCCUGAAAAGAGAAGAAGCCCAAGAUUUAAUUGUGCCCGUAGAAGUCCAUUCGGUUUUAGUCCAGAACGAAGAAGAAGUCCUAUUAGACGACUUAGCUGGGAAAGAAGAACAAGUACAGACAGAAGGUGGAGUGCUGAACGACAUAGAAGACGUAUGAAUAUACAUGAACGCCGAAGAAGUCGAUCUCGCGAUCGCCAACGAAGUCGCAGUAUGGAACGUAUUAGAAGAAAAAUCAGCCGAUCUCCCAUUAACAGACGUUAUAGUCCUCGACGUCGUAGUAGAACUCGAAGUCGGUCGUUGGAGCGUCGAAGAAAGCGGUCGCCAUUUAUUAAUGAACUUACAAGACAAUUGAGAAACGAAGCUAUAAUGACAUCUCAUAUAAACACUGGGUAUGCACACCCUUCGUCUAUGGAUAGUAUAUCACCAUUGAUGAAUACAGUUAUGUAUCCGCAAGAAACAGAGCCUAGACCAUUGAUGCCAAUGCCACCUUACAUACAUCAAUCUGGAUUACCACCACCGAUGCCAUCAAGUGUAACAACCGGUGGACCACCAUUUAUGAACUUCGAAAACUCAUCUCAAUCAAUGAAUUUUGACUCUGUACCAUUGCAUCCAUUACCUCAAACUGAAUACGUUUCUGGUCCAGUAAUGUACAAUCAACCAAAUACUAGUUCAAUUCAAUCUUCACAUCGACCAGCACUUCUUCCAGCACCGGUUUCUUCGCCACAGCCUGAGCCUGCUGCGACUGCUGUGGAACACGUACAAACAUACAAUUCAACGCACGGCAUUCCUCCUUCUCGACAGUCUCCACAUCAGAAUUUUGAAUUUUCAACUAAAUCUAAGGAUGCAAUAUCUCCAAACUACAGGGAACGCAGAUUUACAGAUUCUUACAAUGGGUAUCAUGUUUCACAAGAAGAACGAUUGAAGACUCCUGAACCACCAGUCAUCUCCGACACUAAACAAUUUGAAAAGACGAGUUUAUCAAGUCUACUGGAAGCAUCUGUUUCCGCUAAAGAUUCAACUAGUCUACCAGUUUUAUAUCCAGGAUUCAAACCUGAAAUAUUACGACAUUGUGAACAUGCCCUACGCGAACUGCCUAUUGAAGAUCCUCGUUUAAAAAUGAAGGGACGAUUUUUUUAUGAUCCAAAGAAGAAAAAUGUUCAUAAUGAGCAAGAAACAUAUUCAUCAAAUUCUAUACUUCUACAAAAAAAUAAGAGUAAAAUACAUUGGGACGAGGAAGAAUCAUCACAUCCUGCUCCUACUAAGCAGAAUGUACAAAUGCAUCAAAAAAUUUGCCAAACUGACGAGGUGGAAGUGAGCACGAAAUUUGUUCAAGCAACUGUUACUAUGGUAGAUUUCGAAGUACAAGUUUAUCCUCAAGAUUUGCAACAUGCCAUCAAGGAAGAGAAAAGACCUAUCAUGGAUCGUUUGGACUGGAACGUGCGUGAAACGGUUGAUUAUACCCCCAAGUUUCGAGAAGCUGAUGACUUAAGGUGGAGCUUAAGUAACUCCUCUCAAAAGAGAACUUGGAAUAGAACAGGAUCGCCUCCUCCCAGACGACUCGAUGAUCGCGAACAUCGUACGGAUUCAUCUUUAGAUCAUAACUCAAGAAAUUUAAAAUUAGAUUCACCGAUAAGAAGUAGAGAUAACUUUUCAAGUCAUAAAGGCCCUGGACGGGAUCAUUACGUUCGUGAAAGAUAUUCGCCAAAUUAUAGGCACUCUUUAGACGAACGUGACGAUUUCCACGAAAGCAGGAGCGACCAUAGUCGCGGCGAAAGUCCAAUGAUGCUGGACGAUUCUGCUGAAGAAUUAGAAUUGGAACAUACAUUCCAAAGGGGAACAGAUUGGCAUGGAAGACCAAAACUAUCAAGAGGUAGAUCAAAUCCUUUGAUAAAGCCGCAUGUGUACAGAGGAAAGCAUUCGGGAGGAAGAUCUUAUCGUGGCCGCGGCGGUUUUCGCGGGAAAUUCUAAAAUUAUUUGUGUAAAGCACAAAUUUCAAAUAUUGUAGAAUCAUAUAAUCAAAUAUAUCAGUAUAUCAGACAAGAUAUAAUCUAUUCUUGCAAAAAUUUUAAGAAAAGUUACAUUAAAUUAUUUUUUUUUUUCUUUUUUAAUUUUAAACGAGUUUUUGUGUCAAGUUAUUUUUUAAAGGAUAUUACUGUAAUGCAUUUUAAGUAUGGAUUGAAUUAAGCAAUAGGUGAUAAAAUACAAAACGUGUACAUGGCAAAUACUCUUUGCACAGGUAUAGUACCAUUAUAUAUAAAGUGUAAAUUACAAAGUUAUUUGUACGUAACGUUGAUUAAAUAAACGUUCUAUAUGACAAUACAAAUAGUGCAAAGAGAACUAUAAU